GCGUGUGUUACAGCGUCGCUACUGCCGGCUAUUUGGCUGUCUCGUUUUAGAGGUGGUGGCGAAUGUGCUUGAACUGCUUUAAAGGAAAUAAAAAUUGGUUGUUGGAGUGAAUUAUGGCUCCUCUCAAGAAAGGAGAUCUGACAGAGGAGGAGACUGAAUUGUUGCAAGUCAUAUCUGAAGGAAACAUUCAGGAGGCGGGAAGGUUGCUGGGUAGUAAAAAUGUCCGUGUCAACUGUUUGGAUCAGCAUGGAAUGACUCCUUUGAUGCAUGCUGCAUAUAAAGGAAAGGCUGAGAUGUGCAAGCUGCUCUUACAGCAUGGUGCAGAUGUGAAUUGCAAUGAACACGAACAUGGUUAUACAGCUCUUAUGUUUGCUGGGCUCUCGGGUAAUAAAGAGAUCACAAGGAUGAUGUUGGAAGCUGGAGCAGAAAUUGAUGUUGUAAAUUCGGUUGGACGAACUGCAGCACAAAUGGCUGCCUUUGUGGGCCAGCAUGAUUGUGUAACUAUCAUCAACAACUUCUUUUCACGCGAAAGGCUGGACUUCUACACAAAACCACAAGGACUUGACAAAGAACCCAAGCUUCCAGUCAAGUUAGCAGGGCCCUUGCACAAAAUCAUAAUAAUGACAAACUUGCACCCUGUUGCGAUCGUGCUGAUGGUUAAAGAGAAUCCAUUACUAGCAGAGGUUGAAGCGCUGAGCAAGUGUUACAGGGUGCUGGACCUUAUAAUAGAAAAGUGCAUGAAACAGAGGGAAAUCAAUGAAGUCCUGGCCAUGAAGAUGCAUUAUCUCAGCUACAUCUUCCAGAAGUGUAUCACAUUUUUAAAGGAACAUGAAUCUAAACUUGACGGACUUAUUAAAAGUUUAUUAAAAGGACGGGAUUCUGAUGGCUUCCCAACUUACCAAGAGAAAUUUAUAAGAGAAUGUAUCCGGAAAUUUCCAUGGUGUGAAGCCACAUUGUUGCAACAGCUUGUGAGAACCAUUGCUCCAGUAGAAAUUGGCAAUGAUCCCACAGCUUUAUCUGUAAUGACCCAGAUCAUAACUGGCCAGGUUGGCUUUGUGGAUGCUGAAUUUUGCACAGUUUGUGGUGAAAAGGGAGCUGAUAAAAGGUGCUCAAUUUGCAAAAUGGUGAUAUACUGCAAUCAAAAUUGUCAGAAGAUGCACUGGUUCACUCACAAAAAAGUCUGUAAAAAAUUGAAAGAAACAAGAGAAAAACAAGAAGCCAAGGAAAAACUGAAACAGAAUGAAACAAAAGCAACCACCUCUGAAACCACUAGAGCUGAGGCUACAGGGUCCUCUAACCCUCCACUUUCAACCUCUGAUGACGGCUCGGGUUCGAAGGACCUCAGCACAGGGGCCAAAGCAGAACUUAAAACUACACAGGAAGAGACCACAACAGAAGGAGAGGCCAUUUCUCCUACAAACGUGCACACAGCUGAAGAAUAAAGUGGAUCUAAUGUUGCACUUGAUGUUUUCCAAUUUCUGUAGUGUAUGAAAUAUAAUCCAAUAUAUAUUUAUCAACAAGGUUAUUGCUCCCACUGCAUGGCUGCAGUGAAAGGGAGAAUUCUGUUCAUUGUGCAUUAAGAGAACUAGUUGCUUUGAUUGUGUAUCCUACCCUGUACCAAAGCAGCCUGCAAUCCUGAUAGGCAACGAUGAGGUCAGCGGGAUUUGCUGUCUAUUGUAUUUAAUUCAUUAACUACAUCUGGAUUUGAAGGACCCUUCACUACUGAGAUAAAUCCAAAUGGUUUGAUCUAAAUUCUGUCCAAGCUAAUUAAAGUACAUUUGUUAUAACACUUCAGCGUACAACAAUUUGUGAAAAGUAGUAUGAGUUUAUUACUGUGCAGUUCAGAGCAAAAUGAUCUUAAUGAUCUGCACUGUAAUUGUUUUCCUGUUACUAAUAUUCAAAAUUCUGCAGUUUGCUCAUCCUAGUGUAAGUGUUAAGCAAUUUAGACCCAGUGUUGAUGUUGAUUGUUAUCAUUAGGCAUUUUUCCGCAGGAAAAAUCUUCAAUAAUUUCAUACUGAAGAAAAUCCACAAAUUUUGGAAACUAAUGUUCAAAUGCAAGUUACAAUAAAUUUACAUUUUUUUAUUUGCUUUUUGGCCUUUUCUCUACCCUGCACUGCCCAGCCCUUAGUCAAAAUUACUUAGAGUAAAAUGUCAUUGAUGAAAUAUCUUUACUACCUAACAUAUUUGGUACAGUCAUUCAAAGGUUGUGACAAAAAAUUGAAUGUCACUGAAAUUAAACACAUUUUGUAAGUAGUUGCGUAUGUGAUAUGGGAUUUCACCGGCAGUUUCAAAACUUUGUAUACGUAUUGGGUAUUUCUUCACCUCAUUUUGCUGCAGACUCCAGUUCACCAAUGUGCCUGCUCUUGACAAAGUGUAUUCUUUGUCACUUCAUGGUCAUUUAAUUGCUUAUUGAAUUCUAAAUUUAAGUGUGUUUACUAAUGUUCAGUAAAUCCCCAAACAAAAGCAAUUUCAGGUGAAAUGCAGACAUGAAUCAUCCUCAGACACGAGGAAGUCUGCAGAUGCUGGAAUUUCAAGCAACACACAUAAAAAUUGCUG